AGCUGUAUAGUUGACCACCAAGGUGUAUUCUCAUCUCAUGGUAUGGAAAUUCAUGCCUUCACACCCUCUCUCUCAGAUGCCGUUCCAUCGUCUCUCACAUGCAACUCCCCUAAACCCCUUCCAGAACCAACACAAGAAACUCCCACCUCACAAAACAAUAUCCACGAACUCUGACGUCGGCCCUCAGCUCUGGGUUUCUUUAGACCGACAGUCAAUGCCCCACCAGUGGUCCGGGCAGAUGGAGGACCAGGGUUCAGAGCAUCAUUCCAUGCAGCCGAGACAACGAGCCUCUGAAUAGUCCUUAAAAAGAGUGGCACAUGCUACACUGUAAGAGCUCUGAAGGAAAUAUGUUUGGUGAUCACGAGCUUGAGAUGACUCAAUUUACCUGGGCUCGUUGAAGCUCGGUGAGAGAUUGGUUGUAAGUGACGUCGAUGCACUUUUACCGACGGGUAGCCGAGCUUGUGAUAUUGCGGGGUCCUCCCCCGUUAGAUAAUCAAUCAACUUUAUUCGUG